AUGAAUCGUCCGUCAGUGCUGACUGGAAUUUUAGCUGUUCUCUGUUGUUUUGACCGCUCUCUGGCGUCUUCUGGAGAUCAGUCAUAUGUACGGUCAUUUGUCGAAGAAUCUAUUACAUGGAGCUGCAAACGAGAAUGUAAAUAUCGUUGCAUGUGGAAAACGGUAGAGGCCUUCUCGCGUGACAAUUUGUCUAUACCACAAUUUUACGGAAAGUGGCCUUUUAUAAGACUAUUCGGCAUUCAAGAACCGGCUUCCUCAGGAUUUUCCUUCCUUAACUUUUUAGCACAACUGAUUUUCUGUCUCACCUCGUGGCUUUUCUCGACGCUAUUUCAUGCGCAUGAUAUGGCAAUCACCGAAGCGCUGGACUACUUUGGAGCGUUGGCUUUCAUUUUAGCAUCCAUCGUCACGAUGCAAGCUCGCGUGUUUUUUAAAUAUCAGCUUCUGAGGCAUGCCUGUACUGUGUUCUUAGUUGGAUUUUUUGUCAACCACGUAAGGUACAUGAGCUUCGUGAAGUUCGACUAUGGAUACAACAUGAUGGUCGCUGUUUUCUUUGGUGAGUUUGCUAGGACUGUUCAGGUUUGCCGUUUAUAUCACGAUUUAGACAAUGCAUCCUCUUCUCUCUUGAACCCCAUCCUCUUCCUGAUACGCUAG